AUGCGCUACGUUCUACGCACGCGGCAGGCGGUGCUUGUGGCGGUCGGCACAGUCUACGUGUUUGUGCUCGCUUGGUUCAACCGCCAGCCCAUUCCGACCACAACGCUUGACAACAGCCCGGCCCACCUUGGCACACGCAACCGAGAUGCACAUUGGCUGGAGCCCGCAAAGUAUUUGCCAAUGACACAGGCAAGCAACGCGACACAGCCCCCAGGCGUAGUGAAUAUCGAUGCUGGCCUGAUAUACAUACGCCUGCACACAGAGUUUCGGACAGUGCGACCAAACGAGCCCCUGGGAGGCAUGCUCAAGGUGUACCGAAAGGGCCUCCAUUUUGUAAGCAAUUCGCAGUCGCCCAGCGGCAGCAAGGGUGGUAGUGUAGAAGAGGAGACAUGGGAGCUUCUGUUUGUUGAUCGGCUGCCGGGCCCGGUCAAGCAGUCAUACCUGGAUCGCACGCGAUUGCGGAAUGACGACGGCACAUAUGCGCCGCGAAGGCUGGCUGUGCUGUACUACAUGCCCAGGAACGAGACGAUAGUCUUCUUUGAUAAGGCUAUAGAAGAGGUCGGGGACUCAUGGCGGGAGCAGAUUGAGCAGAGCGCCACAGACGCCAGGGCAGCCGUGCGCACGAUGGAGAUUGCAACUGAGCACGGGCUGUGUCCAGAUGACAGCCUCAAAUUUGCGGACACAGUCUACGCCAGCAGCCAGUUUUUGCGAUGUGUUGGGCCGGCGGGGUUACUAAUGGACCACAUUGACUUUGUAUUACCAGGUGCGCUCGACGUGCUUGAAUUCUCGCUGCGCGGUAACACAUUGUUGUAUUCACGGCUCAACGACGUCGUGCGGUUCCGAAUGCUUGAGUUGCCAGCAGCUCAAAAUGGCACACUGUCACUGGGCGGUGGAGAGGCAGGCGCGGCUGAAAUUGUGCAGACCGUCGGCCCUGGAGUGACAGAGUACUUGCGUGAUGUCGGCAGUCAGUCGUUCUUGGCACAGCUGCACUCGACUCGUCCAGGACACAGCGUCGAUGUGUUUCUGGCGCACGGGAACACGGUCAGCGACACGUUCUACUUUUCAUUUGGGCUGCUGCAGAACAAAACAGUCGGCAGCAAGUGGACCAGCGAGGACGUCAAGCGGUAUCGGCUGCCGGUGCAUCAGCAGUUCUCGGGGUUAUCGCGAGACGAGCUGCGGCUGGUCAAUGACCCGCCGUUAGUCGAUCAAGUCGGACUGGCGUCUGUGUUUUACUUUAAGGCGACGGACAUUAUUGUUGUAGUUGAUACUGAGUGGUUCCGCGACCACGGCAGCACGAACGUCACGCAGCUGCAGCGUGUGCGUGAGUCGCGGCCCCCAUACAUUAGCACGCUAAACAGUCCUGUCGCUGUCAACAUGACGCUGGAUGAAAGCGGUGCAUUGCUGGCGAUGAGCACCAUCGACGACGAGCUUUUUAUAUUCUCGCGUGCGCACGCCUCAUCAAUCAGGCGCAUCCUGGACUAUCGCCGGUACUUCCGCAAUUCGGUGCUGCUGCCGUGGAUUGCCACAGAGCCAGUAUCGUCGAUAGACGCGCUGGAGGAGGGAGAGACUGACAAUUUCAACUGGCAGCUCAAGCUGACGUGGCAGCCCAGCACUCUGAUGACUGUUGUGCACUGGGACGAAAGCGUCGUUUCGCCUGAAAACCCGUUCCCGAACACACAGCGCUUCAUCGCGCGCACGCAGCAGCAGUCUACAACGACAUGCUUGCGCUUCUUGCAUUUUGAUCCCACACAUAUGGCAACCACGGCGUCAGCCUCUGCAUCCUUUUCCAGGGCUGCCGACACGGCGCCACCCGCCGGUGUCAUCCGCGUCGCGGCGCUGUCGGCUUCUGGCAGGCUGCGCAUGUGGGAGCUGGACAGCCAUGAGCAGAGUCCGCACAUCCUGUGGCCGUUCAUUACCGAGCACUGGGGCCUGAUGUUUAUGCUGGCUGCCGUCGUCUCGUGCUGCGUUUACAACGAGCGGCGCUGGGGCUGA